UUACUUUCAAUUUAACUGACAUUUACAUAAAUGAUGAUGAGUGUAAUAACAACAAUAUUUUGUGUAUUUUUGUCGAUCAAUUCAAUAAGUUCAUUAUUAAUCGACGAUGAAUGUUAUCAGUACUAUUCAAUAUUUGGCAUCCAUAUCAAUAACAUAAAAAUUGAAACUUGUCAAGAAGUAGACGUCGUACAUUUACCGAAAGAAGAAAUUCCGCGGUUCGUUCUUUACGUUGAGGAUAAAAAUAAGAGUGAAAUAUUCAUAACACCUGUUAAUCAGCAUGAUAAUGGUUCAUUGAUGAACAAAAGCACUCCAAUUUUUGUUUUAUGGAAUAAGAUUUUUAAUCACGAAGAUUCUACUGAAGGCAAUUUAACCCAUGUUAAUGAGUUUGCACCAGAUUUGGCCAAUUUUUCAUUUUAUCAUAAUCCUUCAAGAAAUGUUGCUCUUGUGCUUUUCUACUAUGGCUCUUUUUCCGUUGUAGAAGGAGUGGUUGGAGACUAUACUUUACGAUUUAUUGAAAGAACUCAGAAAUAUAUUUGGAUGAAAAUGCGACAUCCUCACGAAAGGAUCCCAAUUAAUUGGAAAAGUUUGGGCGCACCAGAAGUAAAGAAUCUUGAAUUAUCAGAUUACAAUUUAAAUUCUCAUAUAAAUGCAGUCAACAUAUCAACUGUUGUGUUUCUUGAUAACUUGUCGAUUCAGGAGAAAUUACCAACUGAAUUAGUAAAAAGUGUUCUUAUAUACUUUAAUGCUGUUAAUAUGCUUUAUGCUAAUUUUACAUCACCAAGGAUUCAACUUGUUAUCAAAGCUCUAAUGGUACCAAUUACAGUGUACGGUAAGACUUAUGAUGUACUUCAACCCCAAAAAUUAUUUGAAAAUCAUAACGAUUCUUGGUUGGAACCAAUAGUCAUUUUCAAUAUGAUGAUCACACCUGUCUGCAAACAUAGCAAUUCUAAAAUUUGCAUUGCUCAUGGUAAGAUUCAUAAUAAUCGAUUAUAUUGUGAUGAAAAAGACAUUUCGAAAAAAAGUCCAUCGAUAUACCACAUUAGACACAUGGAUUUGCAGCAUGGUUAUUCAAAAGCAGCUCAAAUGUUAGCUUUAUCGUUAAACGCCUCUCUACUAGAUUACACUGAUGAAUGCAGUGGAAUAAUGAACGCUUAUCAAGAUCCACCUGACCUACCACUUUUUUGGAGUAAUUGUACUAUUAACAAGCUUUCUAAUUAUUUCAGGUCAGUAAAUGAUACUUGCUUUCGAGAAACAGCGCUAUUAUAAUAACUUGAAUAAGAAGCGUAAAAAUAAAAGAAAAAAGCUCACCAGUAAUAAUUUUCUCCAUAUUAAUACAUAAUUAAGAAAGAUUUAUAACGAUUUGAGAUUAAAAAAUAAA